CCUGACUUGCGAGGCUUCUCCUCCCAUCUCUCUCUAUGUAUGUAUAUAUAAAGAUACGACACAGGGAGGCUGAAAAGUGAGAUCAUAUACCCAACUCACCAACCACUAAUAACUCCCUCAGCAAUCCAUUUCAUCCUCUCACUGCUGGACUAAACAAGAGAGUCACGAAGCCCGUUACCAUCACUACCUUCUCAACAUGCGGACCACUCGAAGACGACCGGCUCCAUUCCCGAGCAAGCGACUCACGCCCAGCCUCACCGCCAAAGCAAGGAGCUACUUCCCCUGCGACGACCCGCGCCGCCACCGAAGGGAUAAUCUGCUCGCCGCUACACCCGUCGUCGUAACCAUGCUAGCCAUGAACUGGUUCCUCGCCUUUGACACACACUCUCUAGGCAAAGCUAUCAUUUGUCUUCAUAAAAAGGAUGAUACCAUACUAUACGCAUGGCAUGUAGUAAUCGGGAAAUGCGCAACAUCGAGGGGAUUUGUGCGGCGGCCACCACGCCGCAUUAUGCUUCACCUUUUAAUCCAUACAUAGUAAUGGUUGCUUCAGAAUGUACUUGGUGCCUUUCUCAAAACGUAUAAGGGCACUCCAACUUUGGUGACAAUAGAACAAUAUCAAGUUAAACAA